AUGACCCCAGCUCUGAGGGAGGCAGCAACAAAGGGUCUCUGCUUUUCAUCUUUGCCAAGCACCAUGGAGUCUGACAAGAUGUUAUGCAUGGACGGCCUGAGAACUGGGGAUGCAAAGCUAAAGGGAGACACUUUCUCUCAGAUGCUGGGCUUUCCAACUCCUGAACCUACUCUUAACACUAGUUUUGUGAAUUUAAAACAUUUUGGCUCCUCUCAGUCUUCAAAACAUUAUCAGACUGUUCUUUUAAUGGGUUCUAAUUCUGCAUUAAAUAAAUACAAUAAGAAUUAUAAACAAAAGAAAUUAGGGGAACCCAACUGCAAUAAGCUGAAAAAUAUACUGUGUAAUGGCAGCAACAUUCAGCUCAAUAAAAUUUGUCAUUCUCAUUCUGAAGAGUUCGUCAAAAAGGAACCUCUGUCAGAUAACACAAGCAAGUGCAUGACAGAUGUAAAAAUUACUUUGGAUUCAAAUAUAACCAAAGACACUAAUGUAGAUAAAGCACAACUACAAAACUGUAAAUGGUACCAGAAAAAUGCACUUUUGGAUAAAGUUACUGACGCUGAGAUUAAGAAGAGUCUAUGGCACUGUGCUCAGAAGAAAAUUGGGCCUGCUAGUUCCUCAGCUUCUGAAAAAGAAGAGGAAGUGAAUGCUCGUUUACUUAAUUGUAUAAGCAAACAGAAAAUUCUACUUAGUCAGGCUAGAAGAACUCAAAAACAUUUGCAGAUGCUCCUGGCAAAGCAUGUUGUUAAGCACUAUGGUCAGCAAAUGAAAUUUUCUAUGAAACAUCAGCUCCCCAAAAUGAAGAAUUUUCAUGAACCUACAACAAUUUUGGAUAACAGUUUUUCUAAAUGCACUGAAAUUAAGCCAGAUAUCAACUUACUGAAUGCCGAGAAUAAAUUAUGGAAUGAUACAAAAAAUGGCUUUGCACGGUGUACAGCUGCAGAAAUCCAAAGAUUUGCACUGUCUGCUACAGGGCUGUUGACUCAUGUUGAAGAGGGUCUGGAUUCUGAUGCAACUGAUAGCAGCUCUGAUGACGAUUUGGAUGAAUAUGCCAUUAGAAAAAAUGUGGCAGUUAACUGUAGUACUGAAUGGAAGUGGCUUGUAGACAGAGCAAGAGUUGGCAGCCGAUGGACGUGGCUUCAAGCCCAGAUUUCAGAGCUGGAAUACAAAAUCCAACAACUAACGGAUAUUCACAGGCAGAUUCGUGUCUCCAAGGGGAUAGUGAUCCUAGAAGAAUGCCAACUUCCAAAAGACAAUUUGAAAAAGCAAAUACAAUUUGCAGACCAAGCAGCUGCAUUAAAUAUUACAGGGAAUCCUCAGAUUCCCCAAGAGAGUCAAGAUCCUUUACCAGAACAAGACUUUGAAAUGUCACCAAGUAGCCCUACACUGCUUCUUCGCAACAUAGAAAAACAGAGUGCACAGUUGACUGAGAUCAUCAACAGUUUGAUUGCCCCUCUCAACAUGUCCCCAACUUCAUCACCCCUCUCCGCCAAGUCCUGUGCCCAUAAAUGUCGGGCUAAUGGCAUUUCCAGGAGUACUUCAGAGAAUUUAGAUGAGCUCUCUUCCUCGAGUAGCUGGUUACUUAACCAGAAGCACAGUAAGAAAAGGCGAAAAGACAGGACAAGAUUGAAAUCUCCAUCCUUGAGUGUCAUGAGUACAGCAGCUCGAACCAGGCCACUUCAGAGUUUCCACAAAAGAAAACUCUACAGAUUGAGCCCUACUUUGUGUUGGACUUCACAGACUUUGCCUUCAAAAGAAACAACAUCUUUAAAUACUGCGCAAAUGCCUUGCCUGCAGUCAGCUUCAACUUGGAGUAGCUGUGAACACAAUUCAGAGUCUCAAAUAUUAAGCGAACAUGUAUCAGAGUUAGACUAUUCUUUCCAUCCUGUUCUGUCACUGCCAUCCGAUGUGCCUCUUCAUUUUCACUUUGAAACAUUGUUGAAAACAACUGAAAUAAAAGGAGAUCUUGCUGAAAAUAAAUUUGUAGGAGACUGUAUCAUAUCUCCAUCCCCUGAAUAUAAUUCUUCUCUGAGUCAAUGGAGAAAUGGAUAUUCCCCUACAUGCAAGCCUCAAAUAAGGUCAGAAACUUCUGCACAGCUGUUACAGGGGAGAAAGAAAAGACACUUGAGUGAAACAGCAUUAGGAGAAAGAAGUCAAUUUGAAGAAUUUGCUUUCCAAUGCACAGAACCAGGAUCCCACAGCAAUUUUGCUGCAGUUGCUAAUGCCAACAUUCCAUCAAGAACCCAGAAUUCAACACAAAAUACUGCACGACGGAGACUGAGAAGUGAGAGUUCUUAUGACAUAGAUAAUAUUGUGAUUCCCAUGUCAUUAGUGGCCCCAGCUAAGUUAGAGAAACUCCAAUAUAAGGAAAUACUUACUCCAAGCUGGAGGAUGGUUGUUCUUCAGCCUUUGGAUGAAUAUCAUGUAGAUGAAGAAGAGAUAGAAGAUCUUUCUGAUGAAGUCUUCUCUCUAAGACACAAAAGAUACGAAGCAAGAGAGCAAGCCAGAUGGUCACUAUGGGAACAAAGCAAGUGGCACAGAAGAAACAGCAGAGCUUACAGUAAAAACGUUGAAGGACAGGACUUACUUCUGAAGGAAUACCCUAAUGACUUUAGCAGUCAUCAGCAAGGUGCUGCCGAAAGUCCGCAGAGUCAGGAUCUGAGCGCACAGGGCUCACCUUCCGUAAACGAAAUCCAAGAAACCAAGUCUUUGUGGUGGGAACGACGGGCUUUUCCGCUGAAGGGUGAAGUCAAAGAAGCCUUAUUAUGCCAAGAUGGAAAAAAAGAUCCGACUGAAAGAACAAAUCCUGCUCUCAGUGGUGAAGACUUCUGGACCAGUGCACCAGAGGAUGGAAUGGAAGAGUAUAACACCUAUGCUGUAGGACUUUCGUUAAAAAAAAAAAUAGGUGA